CAAGCAAGGAACUUUUAUAAAACUUGCAAACAAUAGAUAGAAAUGGGAACAAGUCAAUGUAUGAGAAUAUCGUACUAGAAAUAUUACAAGAACAAAAGUGGGUUUACAAUUCACAUAUCAAUUCGCGAGUUUGUAGUAUUGCUUUAUCAAUAUAUUGUGAUAGCAUUCUAGACUUUCCCAAAAGUCAUAGAUAUAAAGCCAUGAGUGAGCAAGAGAUAUGUCUACAGAACUCUGUAAAGUUGAACAGACCUUGUUCAUAGUAUGAACAAAAGCCACUAGCCUCCUUUCUGCUAUUGACUACUUGUAUGAGAAAUUUUAAUUAGGUUUUUGUACUGUUUGAUAAGACCAGUCGAGUUUUGUCUACAUUUGCCGACUUUGACUUGCUUCUUUACAAUCUCUUUAAAGACCUUUGUCUCAAAGCUUCUCGUCCACUCUCAGCUACUAAACAGACGUUUGGCUUCAAAACCUCUCUAACCUUCAUGGGUUCUGUUUCACAAACUUGAAGAAAAGACCAGGCGCUUUGACUCUCAGAAAAACUCUUCGAAUAUUUGUCAUACUUUCAACGCAACCGCUGGAAGAAAGACUUGUAUCAAGAAUUCAGGAGAUGCGUACUCCGAAAAAGCAGAAGCUUUGAAGCUGUAUAACCGCUGACUACCUCACAACUGGGCUAUGUGUGUUUGGAUAUAUUGUUACAAAUUUCUGUUAAGUAAAAAGAAUUUGCUAAGAAAGAGUGCGUUAUCUGUUGAGUGGUUUACUGCAAAUACUCCAAGUUGUGCUUUCAAGUGUUGGCAACUCCCUUGUGAUUUUCCUUACCGUAAGAUAUAUGUGCCU